AUGCACGCGCAGCAGCGCAGCCACAGCGAGGCAGCCGAGGACUACGUGCUCCAGCAGGCAUACGAGCAGCACCUGCGCCAGCUACAGCAGCAUCACCCGGAGGCGCACGGCAGCGACUCGCGGCAGGGCCGGCAGCAGGAGCAAGGUGCACGCGGAAAGGCCGUGCACAAGCGGGGACCGCAGGGCGGCCAGCAGCAGCAGCAGCAGCAGCAGCGCUCUGCCUUUGGCGGAAGCAAGCGGCGUCGACGGGGCGGCGGCGACGGCACCGGCGGCGGUCCGGGCGGUGCGGCAGGUUCGGUUGACACGCUCACCAGUUCAGCGGCGCUUGCAGUGCCCGCUGCACAGCCCGCGCAGCAGCUGGCGCACAUCAGCGAGCUGCGUGAGUCGCCGCGUGGGCAGCAGGAGCAGCGGCAGCCGCUAGCAGGGCCACCUGCUGAGGGGCUCGCGCCGGCUGGAUUGCUAGCGACGCCGGCGGCGCCCGCCUGUGGUGCACCCGUGCCUGGGGGCGAGGCAGCAGGAGAAGACGGCAGCAGCGGCUCUCCGCGCCGGCUGGAUUGGUCUGCACCGGCGGCGCUGGUGGGACAGGCGCUGAUGCAGCGGCAGGAGGUGGAGGUGGCGGCGGAGGUGGCUGCCAAGAUGGCAGGCGUGUGCCGCCUCGACAUGUCGGCAGCCGCGCUGCUGAUCGGCAGCCAGCUGGCGCCUGGCACGGCGCAGCAGCUGCCCCGGCCGGAGCCUGCCGCACCUGCAGCGGGGCUGCCGGCAGCAGCAGUGGGGGUUGAGGAUGCGGCAGCACACGAGCAGGUGGAGGUCGAGGACGCCACCGCCGGCACGGCAGCGGCAGCGGCGGGCCCCGGCGGCGCCCAGCGCCAGCGCCGCGGUCCCGCCGUGCACGGCAACUACCACCGGUACUACGGGUACCGCUUCUUUGGAGACCAGCGGCCCGAGGACCCGCGCCUGGCGGUGUUUGAGCGCACGUGGUUUGCGCGGCGGCGGUGCCUGGAUGUGGGGUGCAACGAGGGGCUCAUCACGCUGGCGCUGGCCCAGCGCUACCACCCGCGCAGCAUGCUGGGGGUGGACAUAGACGGGGCGCUCAUUGCGCGGGCGUGCAGGCAUUUGCGUGAGGCGCACACCUCGGCCACGGAGCGUGCGCGCCUGGUGCGCCGCGCAGGCGUGCAGCCGCAGGAGCGCAAGCAGGCCAUCGCCGCCGCCGCCUCGCUGGGGCAGACCCGCUUUGUGCACAGCGACUUCCUGGACAGCCAGGUGGCGGGCGCCAGCCUGGACACCAUCACCUGCCUCUCCGUCACCAAAUGGGUGCACCUCAACCGCGGCGACGCCGGCCUGCAGGCGAUGUUUGGCGCCUUCUGGGCCGCGCUGGCGCCCGGCGGCCUGCUGCUGCUGGAGCCGCAGCCGUGGAGCUCGUACCGAGCGGCGGCGGGCAAGGUCCGGUGCGAGCAGGCGCCGCCGGGGUCCUUCUUCCACAGGCAGGACGAGCUGCGCCUGCGCCCCGCCCAGUUUGCCGACUACCUGUGCGAGCAGCUGGGCUUCUGCCUGGUCAGGCGCUUUGGCGUGGAGGAAAGCGCGGCCGGGUUUGACCGCCCCCUGCUGCUCCUGCGCAAGCCGCACUAGCAGGCUGGCUGGCCCACAGGGGCAGCCAGCCACCGUUGUACCAACGGCCGUCAACCCUGUUUUGUAUCGCUCCUUAUCCAGCUUGUGUGUGCAUGCUGGCCCCGCUCUGCAGCUUGUUGUCCUGUUUCGCAUUCCACCCACCGUUGACCUGCCACCAUUUCAUCGUUUCAGGCACGGCAGCCGCCUCUUGUAAGCGCGAUGACUCU